UUAUAGAUACAGGAGCCAACGAAGAGGACGGACCUCCAGCACGAUCUUCAUCAGUUGGCGAUUGGAUGGAGGAUAAGCCCGUUGAAGGCAAACCAAGGCUGCUAUGGCUGCUGCUAUUCGAAAGAGGAGGAGGAGGAGGGGGGGGAGAGGAGGAGGCAGAGGAGGAGGAGGAGGAGGAGGAGGAGGGGGAGGAGGAGGAGGAGGGGACGACCACAACAUCUGGCGCAUUUGGUACAGCAGAUGAUAGUGACGAUGAAGAAGGAUCCAUCGAAGGUGAAAGCUCGGGCGUCGUAGAGUUUUGUGAGGUGGGGGGAAUAUUGAUCACUGUCGUCGAAUCGGAGUCUUCGGAUGACGAUCCAUCAAUGAAUGGCGGAGACGACGAGAAGGCAACGGGCGAAGAUGGACUGACAUCAUCUGGACUAGAAGAGGGUACAGCGUUGCCAGACGCGAGUGGAUUGUCACGAAGAUCAGAAGAAGAAGACGGAGAAAGAGAAGACAAUUCUGCAGACGAAGAAGAAAGUGAUGAUGACGAUGCUGCUGCUGCUGAUGCUGAUGCUGCCGCUGCUGCUGACGAUGAUGAUGAUGACGGUGAUGAUGACGGUGAUGAUGACGGUGAUGAUGACGGUGAUGAUGACAGUGAUGAUGACGGUGAUGAUGACGGUGAUGAGCCAGAGUCAUUGUCAGGAAGAGGAUUGGAAGACAGAAGAGAAGAAGAAGGAAAGGGAGAGGUGGAAGAUGACGAUUGGACGGUAGACGCCUCAGAGACAGUGGAUGCAGGGGAAUCUAAAGAGGCAUGGGGCGAUGGUGAUGACGAUGACGCAGCAGGUCUUGCAGUCAUGUUCUCCCAACUACCCAAUUCUGGAACAUCAGCAAUAGACAACGAUGGAGAAGAUCCAGAAGCGUCCCCUACCAUCAGGCCAGUACCAUUGAACUGUUGUACAGCAACUACGGUGGGGGACGAAAAGGACGAGGAGUUAUGGCCAUGGCUAUGCGGCGAUGAAGAAAGAAGGAUCGCCGGCGCUGACGAGGAGAAGGAAUCCAUUGGCAUGCUUGAUGCAGAGUAGACUGACAGCUGCAGUUCCUGUACAGGUUCCCCGCU